AUGCCCUGGCUUGGGCAUGCCGGGGUGGUUGGCUGGACCAGCGAAGCCUGGGCAAUGAAGACACAGCACAGAGGGGCCCAGCCUGGCAGGACCCAGCGCAGGGUGCUGGGGCCUGGAUUCCCAGCAGAGCCAUCCCAUCUCAGCUCACCAGCCUGA